UCCUCUCUCGUUCUCGAAUUACGAGGUUCUGUUCCAGCUGGCGAACUGGUAAAACGAUGGCAAAAGCUGGCGCCUUUUCCACUUUUGCUCCUAUGCGCCACUCGCCUUUCGUCGCCUUCCUCUUCCCCCUUUCAAACUCGGAUUUUGGCGGUCUUCUAGGCCUCGUUGUUGCAGGCUAGGCGUGGAGCGGUCUGAGGAGGGAUGAGCAUGUACGUCCGUGACCCCUGGGGCGGCCCGCUGGAGCUGCAGGGUGACUCCGCCACCGACGACGACCGGAGCCGCAACCUCGAUCUAGACCGGGGGGCGCUGUCGAUGACGUCGCGGCAGCUGGACGAGACCCAGCAGAGCUGGCUCCUCGCGGCGCCGGGGUCCCACGGGAAGAAGAAGAAGAAGAAGUACGUCGACCUCGGGUGCCUCCUCGUCAGCCACAAGCUCUUUCUCUGGACCGCCGGCGCCGUCGUCGUCGCGGCCGCGCUCGCCGGACUCAUCGCCAUCAUCGUCAAGACCGUCCCCCGGCGCCACCGCCUAGAGCCGCCGCAGGAUAAUUACACCCUCGCACUCCACAAGGCGCUUAUGUUCUUCAACGCCCAGCGAUCGGGGCCGAUUCCCAAACACAGCAAUGUAUCGUGGAGGGGGAACUCCGGUUUGAGGGAUGGCCUCUCCGAUCAAUCGUACGGGAAGAAUCUCGUCGGAGGAUUCUACGACGCCGGCGACGCCAUCAAGUUCACCUUCCCCGCUUCCUUCGCCAUGACCAUGCUCAGUUGGAGCGUUAUCGAGUACAGUACCAAGUACGAAGCCGCCGGAGAGCUCCACCACGUCAAGGAGAUCAUAAGGUGGGGCGUCGAUUACCUGCUGAAAACCUUCAAUUCUUCCGCUGACACCACCGAUAGCAUCGUUGCAGAGUUUUUGCAGGUUGGGCAAGGUUCUGCUUCAGGAGGAACUAAACAAAACGAUCACUACUGUUGGAUGAGACCAGAGGACAUUGAUUACCGGCGGCCGGUUGCCAUCUGCUGGGAUAGGUGCUCUGACCUUGCCGCAGAGGCGGCUGCAGCUUUAGCUGCAGCUUCCAUAGUGUUCAAAGACGACAAGGCCUACUCCCACAAACUCGUCCAUGGCGCUUCCACUCUUUGGAAGUUCGCCUCUAGAUACACCAAGCACAAAAGUGUAUAUACUGGACAAUGGGAUGCCGCCUCCUACAAUUCAACUAGUAAUUUUGAUGAACUUAUUUGGGGUGGAGCAUGGAUGUACCUCGCAACCGGCAAUGCAUCGUGCCUCUCGGUUUCGACUAAUCCCAAGCUCGCCCAACAAGCUGGGGCAUUUCAUGGCGGUCCUCAAUAUGGAGUUCUGAACUGGGACAACAAGCUCCCUGGUGCUCAAGUUCUUCUUAGUAGAUUGAGGUUGUUUCUGAGUCCCGGUUACCCCUACGAAGAAAUACUAAAAGCUUUCCAUAAACAAACUGCCAAUUUCAUGUGCUCAUAUCUUCCGGUUUUCAAGUCCUUCAAUCGCACAAAAGGUGGUUUAAUUGAACUAAACCAUGGAAAUCCAAAGCCUCUUCAGCAUGUAGUGAAUGCUGCAUUUCUUGCAACACUCUACAGUGACUAUCUCGAAACAGCCGAUGCUCCAGGAUGGUAUUGUGGUCCUAACUUCUACCCUGCUGGUGCACUUCGUGACUUUGCUCGCACUCAGAUUGAUUACAUCCUGGGCAAAAAUCCACACCAACUGAGUUAUGUUGUGGGAUUCGGCACAAAAUAUCCUAAGCAUGUUCAUCACAGAGGAGCAUCAAUUCCGAAGAACAGGGUGCAUUAUAACUGCAAAGGAGGGUGGAAAUGGAGGGACACCAGGAAGCCUAAUCCAAACACAAUCGCCGGUGCUAUGGUCGCUGGACCAGAUAGGCACGACGAGUUCAGAGAUGUUCGGUCUAACCGCAACUACACUGAGCCAACACUCGCAGGCAAUGCUGGAUUAGUUGCUGCCCUGGUGGCUUUGUCUGGAGGCAGAACUGGAGUUGACAAGAACACUAUGUUCUCUUCGGUUCCCCCAAUGUUUCCGAAUCCCCCACCACCGCCUGCACCAUGGAAGCCUUGAGAAAAUGUUCUGUAGUUCUUGUUGCUCUAUGUUAUAUUUCUUCCAUCCAUCCCGAUUCUGCGAGAUAUAGCAAGUUAUUAAAGAUCAAAUGAGUGUGGAGCUGAGUGAAGCACCUCAGUUUUGCAUCCUUUUUGUUAGAUGUCUUGCCAAUGUUGUACAGAGCCCCUAUUAGACUCAGUGUGUGAACUAAUUUUCUCUCUUCAGCUCAAUUUAUUUUUCUGAAACAUGGUAAGCUUGUUGAAAAUUCUCGAAAAUAUAGCAAGCUCAUCAAAACCAUGUUGAGUCGUUGAUUUAUUUCUAUUUAGUCUUGUACAAUUUCAGUGAA